GUAGUGAAAAUAGUGUUUACUCGGAAAGUGACUUGAAGACUGAACUUGUUUCCAUUCCGUCUGUUCGGAUAGGUUUCACUAAUUUCUCAUAUGGGUCACGUAACUUGACAGGAAAGUGGAGCUCACGAAAUAGCGUGCAUCGAAAUGAUCGAGCUGUGUACAAAGAAACGAAUGUUAAUUGGCAUUACACUUUUAGGAGGGUUAACUGUUUUAGUAUUAAUUGUGGAGAGUCAUUGGACAGAUAACCCCAACAAACUGUAUUUGGAAAAUUAUGAAAAUAAUACAACAUGCGUGUCCGGUGAUGAUUAUGAAGUAAUUUCAGAAUGUCAUCCUUGUUCUGCUUUUGAAGUAGCAAGCAAAAGCAUUGAUGUAUGUGUCCAUGCAAGAUACAAGGAAGUACUAAAAUGUAGAAGUGGUGAAACAAUAACAAGAAGUUGUGACAGGGUAGCUUGGUUAGAAGAAAGGGCAUUUUGGAAGUUUGAAGCGUUCAUGUUUAUUCUGGCCUUAAGUUCCUGCAUCAGUGUUUGUUGGAGAGAAAAUGUCCUGAGGCAAAGGAUUAUAGGAAAAGUAGUAAGACAAUUAAGGGCUAGUGUGUAAACAGCCUUAACCAGAAUC